AUGUCCGACCCUACGCCCCUGAAGUUCACAGAGCGCGAGACCGAGUUGCUCGCGGCAACUUGGCGUUGUUUCGAAGGCGGCUUCCCGAAGGUCAACUUCCCCCAACUUGCUGCCAUGACAGGCUACACUGAGGGAUCGGCAAAAUACGCCCUUGGCCAGCUCAAGACAAAGCUGAAGAAGCACAACGAAGCUAUCAGCAACGGCAAUGGUAACGGCAAUGGCAGCGGAAACAUUAAAAUCAACGGCAACAACACUGGCAAGACGAGCGCAAAGACUCUCAAGACGACCAAGCAGACAUCAACCAAGCCUGCAUCCUCCCGCGGCAAGCGCAAGUCUGACGAAGCCGCCCUCGAUACUUACGACGAGGUCUACGUCAAGAAACAGGCAACGGUAGAAUAUCCAUCGUCUGGCACCCACGAGGACGUCAUUGAUGAGAUCAACGACACACCCGUUAUCAAGGACGAGCCAUUGGUUUGAGGCUGGAAUUGGGGGAGCACAUGUGAAUGUCUAGGAAUAAUUUACAGCAAGUUUGGGCGAGAUUCAUCCAGUCGAUGGCUUUGAUAAUACUGGAUUGGGAUUUCUUUUCUUCAUCCUCGAU